GCUCUUUCCCCGAGCCGUCGGAGGGAGCGGGAGCGCUUCUCCCGAGUUGGUGACCGAUUGGUUGUGAUCCACCAUGCAGAAGUGAGUGAUGAAAGGCAACAGAGCUGAUGGGUCAUGAGGAUGUAAGUGCAUUUGAAGGCUCUCACACCCUCUACUCCAGGACAGAAUCAUGAAUAAACUGGAGGACAAGCAGGACCAGAUGAUACCAUGAAGAGAAGUUUACAGGCCCUCUAUUGCCAACUGUUAAGCUUCCUCCUGACCUUGGCGCUGACUGAAGCACUGGUAUUUGCUGCCCAGGAACCAUCUCCCAGGGAAUCUCUUCAAGUCUCCCCCUCAGGCACCAUCCCAGGCACCAUGGUGACAGCUUCCCUCGGUUCCACCAGACACUCCUCCGUGGUGGCCACCCCUGCCUCCGUGGUGACCCCGACCCCUCAUCCUGAUGGACCCUCCUCACAGGCCGCAGCUCCCAUGGCAACGACAACCCCCCAUCUAGAUGGACACCCUCCCACAAACACCAUCUCCACCAUCAUGGCGACGGCAUCCACCCCCCAUUCUGAAGGGCCCCUGUCCACAGGGCCACUUCCUGCUGCCAUGGCAACCACAUCCCCCCGUUCAGAGGGCCGCUUCCCUGGCGAGACUGCACCCACCAUCCUGCUGACAAAGCCAGGAGAAGCCACCAGCCGUCCCCCCACAUCCCCCUCCAGAGCUACCACACGCCGGCCCCCCAGGCCCCCUGGCUCUUCCCGAAAGGGAGCCGGCAGUGCACCACGCCCUGGCCCCGCUGCACCCAGUGGUCAUGCCGGCAGGAAGGAAAGCCAGCGGGGAAGAAACCAGAGCUCCACACAUCUGGGGCAGAAGCGGCCCCUGGGGAAAAUCUUUCAGAUUUACAAAGGCAACUUCACAGGGUCUGUGGAGCCUGACCCCUCCACCUUCACUCCCAGGAACCCGCUCUGGGGUUUCUCCUCCUCUCCACAGCCCCAGACAGUGGCCGCAACCUCGGCGCCCAGCAGGACCUCGUGGGUACCACCCGCCACGCCCCUAGUGCCUGUAGAGGACAAGCCCAGCCUUAGCAGGGCAGACCAGGGGGGUGGUUCCACCUUCACCAGCCAAGGAGGGGAGCCAGACGCCACAGCAGCCUCAGGCACCCCUGCCAGUCAACAGCCAGUGCCUUCUCAGCGCCCCCUUGGUGACCCGCAGGACGGCCCCCGCCACAGUGACUCCUGGCUUACUGUCACCCCCGGCACCAGCAGACCUCCAUCUACCAACUCUGGGGUCUUCACAGACACCACGGGGCCCAUCCAGCCUGCCUUUGAUGCCAGUGUCUCAGUCCCUUCCGAGGGGCUUCCUCAGGGAACAUCCUCAGCCCCGCAGGCCCCAGCCCACCCAACAGGGGCUUCAGAAAGCACUGUUUCCCAAGCCGAGGAGAAAGCUGUGGCUACCCCCACACCCACCAUGAUGGGCAGGGUGCCCAGUCCCCUCUCCACAGUGGUGUCCACAGCCACAGGAAACUUCCUCAACCGUUUGGUCCCCGCCGGGACCUGGAAGCCUGGAACAGCAGGGAACAUUUCCCAUGUGGCCGAAGGGGACAAACCCCAGCACAGAGCCACCAUCUGCCUGAGCAAGAUGGACAUCGCCUGGGUGAUCCUCGCCAUCAGCGUGCCCAUCUCCUCCUGCUCGGUCCUGCUGACUGUGUGCUGCCUGCGGAGGAAGAAGAAGCCGGCCAACCCCGAGAACAGUCUGAGCUACUGGAACAACGCCAUCACCAUGGACUACUUCAGCAAGCAUGCCGUGGAGCUUCCCAGGGAGAUCCAGUCCCUGGAAACCUCUGAGGACCAGCUGUCAGAGCCCCGCUCCCCGGCCAAUGGUGACUACAGAGAUACCGGGAUGGUCCUGGUUAACCCCUUCUGCCAAGAAACGCUGUUUGUGGGAAAUGAUCAAGUGUCCCAGAUCUAGAUCUAAGCAGCAGCCCUCGC